CGAAGCGCGCCCAACAAGCGCUGCAUCUCAAUUCUCUCUCCAUCUACACUGCAUAGGUGUUACGGCGACUAGUAAAAUGGAGAACACUUGAGAACUUUGCUGAGACCCAUUCUUGCGAUCGAAGCCAAUCUGCUUGUGGUUCUUCUUCAUCCUUCUGAAUUGAUCGACAUUGACGAAGCAUUGCAAUGUCGAACCCAAGAUCAUGUCCAGACUCUUGGAAUUGCAUGCUUCCGGGCCCUCCUAGCCGCAGCAAUUUUGGAUCCGCAGAUUUGAGCUCCCAUGAUCUUCUUGCUUUCCCUUCUGGCAGCUCCGUUUCCGUCCUCGACACUCGUUCUAUGCAGCUCGUCUCCGCCAUUCCCAUGCCGCCUCCGUCUUCGCCAUCUUCAUCUUCCACCGCUCCAUCUCUUUCCCCAUUUGUUACCUCCGUACGCUGGAGCCCAUUUCCUUUGAAUCGCGACCUUCUAUCCACAGAGCCUUCCUCUUCCCACCUCCUACUUGCCGCCGGUGAUCGUCAAGGACGCAUUGCCUUGCUCGAUUUUCGACUCAAGACCGCUGUUAUGUGGUUCGAGACUGAUUCAAAACUCGGAAUCCAAGACCUGUGCUGGGUUCAAGCUCGACCCGACCUUUACUUCCUUGUUGCUAUCAACGGACCGUCUACGAUUUCCAUUUAUAACACGUUGACUGGCCGGUGUGUUUGGAAGUACGACGCAUCCCCUGAAUUCUUCUCCUGCCUUCGCCGUGACCCAUUUGAUUCUCGGCACACCUGCGCACUCGGGCUUAAAGGCUUUCUCUUAGGUAUCAAGAUUCUCGGUGAAAGUGAAAGCUAUUUUGUGAUAAAGGAGUUUCAGAUACGGACCGAUUGUAGCGAACUGAAUAAGCUGGAGAGAGAUGCGAGUGAUGUGUCAACGUCGCCUGCGUCGGCAUUGUUUCCGCUUUAUAUGGCGAGGUUCGCGUUCUCCCCGCAAUGGAGGCACAUAUUGUUUAUCACAUUUCCGAAAGAGUUGAUUGUAUUUGAUUUGGAGUACGAGACCACUCUUUUUGCUGCUGCAUUGCCUCGUGGUUGCGGGAAGUUUGUUGAGGUAUUGCUUGAUCUAAACAACGAGUGGAUGUACUGUGCUCAUCUCGAUGGCAAGCUCAGCACCUGGCGUAGGAAACCAGGGGAGCAGGUGUAUACCAUGGCUCCAUGGAUGAGUUAAUGCCCUCACUUGGUACCUCU